GGUUAAGAACUAGGUGCUUCUCCAGAAGCUGCUGGCCAUCCUGAGAUUCUCUCAAACUCUGAAGGCCUUUAGAAGGACUUCCUCUUUAGGGCUGGACUUUCUACCCAGCAGGUCAGGAGCUGAAUCACUGAGGACACAGAUGGAAAAGGGAGGGGCAAAAAAGUGAAGGGUUGUAUUUCCUUUGAGGGACACAGCUCCAGUCUAACCUGCCAAGCUGUCCACAUCACCACCAGGAAACAGCAAAGGCAAUGAUUGGCAUAAAAAUGCACUCCCUCAGCACAGCAAAUGUUGAAUUUUGCCUUGAUGUGUUCAAGCAGCUGAAUAGUAAUAAUGCAGGAGAUAACAUCUUCUUUUCUCCACUGAGUCUGCUUUAUGCUCUAAAUAUGAUCCUCCUUGGUGCCAGAGGAUACACUGGAAGACAAAUAGAAAAGGUGCUUCACUACCAACACACUACAGAAUUUUUUAAAUCAGAGUUUGAGGACUCAUCUGAGUGCAGCCAAGCUGGGAGAAUACAUUCAGAAUUCGGAGCCCUUCUCUCUCAGAUCAACCAACCAGAUUCUAACUACACCCUCAGCAUUGCCAACAGACUCUAUGGGGCGAAGACGAUGGCAUUCCAUCAGCAAUAUUUAGCCUGUUCUGAGAAACUUUACCAAGCCAGACUACAAGUUGUUGAUUUUGAACAGUCUACAGAAGAAACGAGGGAAACUAUCAAUGCUUGGGUGGAAAAGAAAACUAACGGAAAAAUCACAAACCUCUUUGAAAAGGGCGCCAUUGACCCUUCCUCUGUAAUGGUCCUGGUGAAUGCCAUAUAUUUCAAAGGACAGUGGCAAAAUAAAUUUCAGGAAAGUGAGACAGUUAAAUCUCCUUUUCAGCUAAGUGAAGGUGAAAGUGUACCUGUGGAAAUGAUGUACCAAACUGGAACAUUUAAAUUGGCCUUCAUAAAGAAUCCACGGAUGCAAGUUCUUGAGAUGCCUUACGUUAACAACAAGCUGAGUAUGAUUAUCCUGCUGCCAGUAGAGCCAGCUAAUCUAGCAGAGAUAGAAAAGCAGCUGAACAUGAGGAGGUUUCAGGAGUGGACCAGCCCUUCCACCAUGAUGGAAAGAGAAGUGGAAGUGCAUGUCCCGCGAUUCAAACUGGAAAUCAAAUAUGAGUUAAAUUCCCUGCUAAAGUCCCUAGGGCUGACAAAUAUCUUCAGCCCAUCCAAAGCUGACUUCUCUGGAAUGUCACCAGACAAGGGCCUCUAUUUAUCAAAAGUUAUCCAUAAGUCCUAUGUGGAUGUCAACGAAGAGGGCACUGAGGCAGCUGCAGCUACUGGGGACAACAUUGCUGUAAAAAGACUCCCCAUUCGACAUCAGUUCAAAGCAGAUCAUCCUUUCCUGUUCUUUAUCAGAGACAGUUCUACUCAUAUGCUUCUCUUUGCUGGCAAGCUCGCCUCUCCAUAAACAGAGAGCGGUGAGAGUCACUGGGGAGGUUGGUGUAGGGGCAGACAGGUGACCGUAGAUUACAGUGCACAUACCUCUGUGCCUCAGUUUGCUCAUUUGCAAAAUAGGUUUAGGAUCACUUCCACUUAUUGCAUGAGUUGAUGAAAGUUGUCUGACUUUCUUAUCUUUGGGUCCUUGUGUGAGUGCUUUCUGAGUAAUAUGACUGAGUUAAUGAAAAAUGUUUCAAAGUGUUAAAUUCUCUUGAACUGUACAUGUUAGAAAGAUUGUGAAUAAUUGGCUUCAUUGUCUUUAAAAAGCAGCUUAAGGAUUUCUACUUUGGUUGGAUUUUUAAAUAUUAUAAUUUUCUUUGUGUGCUUAUAUAUACAUAUAAAACAUUGUCAAUUUUAGUUCAAAAUACUUUAUUGACUAUAAUAAAUGGAUAAAAUGUCUUAA